AUGCCGUCUCCACGACAUAUCGCCGCAGCUUUAGUUGCCACUGCGACAACUGCAUCAGCUCUCUAUGUAAAUGGUACUGUCGUUGCACCUUGCGACUCACCAAUUUACUGUCAUGGAGACAUCCUAGAACAGGUCGAACUGGCUCGACCUUUUAGCGACUCCAAGACCUUUGUCGAUAUGCCAGCUAUUCGCCCUCUAAGCGACAUCCAGGAAGCUUUUGACAAGCUCGAGAAACCUCUCCGUAACAAUUCUGCUCUCGCUGACUUUCUCGAUGAAAAUUUUGACGAUGCUGGCAAUGAGCUGGAAGAGGUAUCUAGAGAUGAUCUCGAUACUGACCCUAAAUUCCUUGACAACAUCAACGACACCGUCAUCAGAGAAUUCACUGAAAAGGUUAUUGACAUUUGGCCUGACUUGACCCGUCGAUACGACCAAGACGCCAAAAACUGCUCAGAUUGCCCCAACAGUUUCAUUCCCGUCAAUCGAUCUUUUGUCGUUGCAGGUGGUCGCUUCCGUGAACCUUACUACUGGGACUCUUACUGGAUCAUUCUGGGUCUUCUCCGAACUGGCGGUUCUUUUAUUGAAAUCGCCAAGAACACAAUUGAGAACUUCCUCGACUUCAUCGAGGAGUAUGGUUUCGUACCUAAUGGUGCUCGAAUUUACUACCUCAACCGUUCUCAGCCUCCUCUGCUGUCGCAGAUGAUCAAGGCCUACGUCGAGUACACAAACGAUACGGAUAUUCUUGAGCGAGCUCUGCCUUUGCUGGUGCAGGAGCACGAGUUCUUUAUGAACAACCGCUCAGUUCCGGUCUACAUCAACAACGAGACCUACUAUCUCAACACAUACAAUGUGUCCAACACUAGACCUCGUCCCGAGUCAUAUCGUGAGGACUACAUCACCGCAGAGAACACAUCCUACUACUCACCAGAGUCCGGUAAUGUCUACAAAGGCGGCGAAGAGCUCAGCUUCAAGCAAAAGGAAGCUCUGUACGGAAACCUCGCUAGUGGCGCUGAGAGUGGUCUCGACUAUACGGUCAAGUGGAUUGCUCGUCCUGAGGAUGCUAUCCGUGACAACUACUUCCCACUUCGAUACCUCAACACCAGAAACAUUAUUCCUGUUGAUCUCAACUCUAUUCUGUACGGUAACGAAAUUGCCAUCGCCGACUUUUACGAACAGACCGGAAACAGCAGUGCCAGCGAGCAGUGGCGUGAGGUCGCUGCCAACCGAAGCUAUGCCAUGCACGGUUUCCUGUGGAACGAGACUCUUUGGAGCUAUUUCGACUACAACCUCACUUCCAAGGCGCAGCAGAUCUAUUUCCCGGUGGAUGAGAACACAACCGUCGUGGAUACAGAGGACGCUCCCAAGGGACAGCAGGUCUUCUUCAGCCCUACCCAGUUCUACCCCUUCUGGCUUGGUGCUGCGCCCGACUACCUCAAGAACAACCCAUUUGCCGUUUACACUGCUUACAAGCGUGUUGAAUACUACCUUGACAACCGUGAUGGUGGCAUCCCUGCGAGCAACGUCGAGACCGGUCAGCAAUGGGAUCAGCCCAAUGUCUGGCCUCCUCUGAUGCACAUCCUCAUGGCGGGACUUGAGAGAGUUCCUCCUACCUUUGGCAUCCGAGACCCAUCCUUCGUCGAGGUCCGCAGACUAGCCCUUCGUCUUGGACAACGAUACCUUGACUCAACUUUCUGCACCUGGUACGCAACCGGUGGCUCAACUUCGGAAACUCCCAAACUCCAAAGCACAUCCGAUGAGGAAGAGGGCAUCAUGUUUGAGAAGUACGCUGACAACGCUACCAACGUUGCUGGAGGUGGUGGCGAGUACGAAGUCGUCGAGGGCUUCGGCUGGACGAACGGUGUUUUGAUCUGGGCUGUUGACGAGUUCAAGAACAGACUGACACGACCCAAGUGCGACAACCUCGAAUCCGCACACUCCAACGAUAAGCGCGAUUCGAGUGCUGUCAUGUUGCAUGCUCGUGAUGCCAAGCGCGUCAAGAAGUUUGGUCGCAGAAAGAGAGCCGCCGAGAAGGCUGCGAAGAAGAGGUCGAGUCGUGUCUUCCACUUUUAA